CAGCAGCGAAAACUAUAAAGUGGGAUGAGCCAUUUAGAGAUAGAGAGGGACCUGCUUUGAGAGAGGAGGGGAGAGAAAAUGGGGCUCUGGGUAGAGAGAGAAGAGAGAGUAUUCUGCUUAGAGAGAGAGAAUGAGAAGAGAGAGUGCCACUCUGCUUACGAAUUAAGCUAGCAUUUAUUCGAGGAAUAUGAAUUUUAGAGAGAGAAAGGCGAGGAAUUGGAGUUUACAUAUGAAUUUCAGUUGUUGGUGGCAUAUUCUUAGCUUGUCAUAGAUGGAAUGUGGAUCCCUCGAAUAAGAUGAAAUUUGCCCUAGUUUCAGUUUAGCCAUGAUUUGUUACUCUCCUUUAAGAGCUUCAGUUUGUCCUAGAGCGCAUUUCUCUUGGUUUUCAAGACCUAGUUAUUCCCAAAACUGGAGCUUGAUUGAGAAAACUUGUAGAAGUUGCCGGAUUAAUUGUUGUACAGUCAUGAAGUUGCCUGAAAAGUCACUUAAAGUAAUCAAAAUACCGUAUUCUGUGCUUCUGGAGAAGGAUCGUGAUUUGUCAGAAAAGAUUGAAGCUGGGUUCGGGCCUAAUGGUUUGGGGAUAAUUUCAAUUUCAGAUGUUCCCGAAUUUUCUUUGUUACGUCAAAAUCUCUUGCCUCUAUCCUCAAGGCUUGCAAAUCUCCCUGAUGAGAUAAAGAUUGAGCUUGAGGAUCCAGGUAGCAGUUAUAAUUUCGGAUGGAGUCAUGGGAAAGAGAAGCUUGAGUCGGGUAAAGCAGAUAUGCUUAAAGGAUCUUUCUAUGCAAAUCCAAUCAAUGAUACUCCUACAAAUGAUGCUUCCCUUAUGCACAGGUACCCGGCUUAUUGUCGGCCAAAUCUAUGGCCUAGAAAUCAUUUACCUGAACUUGAAUUAGCAUUCAAAGCUCUUGGAAAGUUGAUGUUGGAUAUUGGGUUGAUGUUGUCGUACCAUUGUGAUAAUUAUGUGUCAAACGGUAAUAUAAUGUAUGACUAUGAAAGCCUUCAGCAGAUACUUCGGCAGUCUCAAUGUCAUAAAGGACGCUUGCUGUACUACUUUCCAAGACAAAAGAGUGAGGGGAUAGAACAUAUUGAAGGUGUUUCUUCAUGGUGUGGGUGGCACACUGAUCAUGGUUCUCUCACUGGACUUACAUGCGGAAUGUUCAUGAAAGAUGGUGUGGAAGUAGCAUGUCCUGAUACUAAUGCUGGUCUUUAUAUCAAAACACGCGCCAAUCAAAUUGUUAAAGCAGUUUUUGGAGAAGAUGAAAUAGCAUACCAAAUUGGGGAAACAACUGAACUACUCUCAAGUGGUCUUCUCUGUGCAACCCCACAUUGUGUUCAGGCACCAAGAGGCGAGAAAGCUUGUGGGCUGCAACGUGCUACUUUUGCAUUGUUCAUGCAACCAGACUGGGAUGAAAAUCUGAAGUUCCCUAGUGAGAUUAAUCUUCACAAAGAGAUUAUCCAGCCAAAUAGUACUCUUACAUUUGGGGAGUAUACUGAGAAGCUUAUAAACAAGUACUACCAUUGAUAACCCAGAAGAGUAUUAAGCAGAUUCUACAGAAUAGCUCAUUUCUCUUGUAGAAAACUCCCUUGAGGCCUAUUUAACUACCGUAUACUUGCAUAAUGAGCCCCGCAUUGUUGAACCUCGAAAUAGAUAAACAUGACUAUGAAAAUGUUGUUCUAUAAUCAUGGGGCUUACGAGAAUUUAAAUGUAUAAAAAUUUCUUCUAAUAAAAGUUUGAGCAGUUACUAUUAA